AAAGCUCCUUCCUUCCUUCCUUCCUUCAUCACAUAUUUAUAUAUAUAAUUAAAAUCUAGAGAGAGAAAACUGAAAAAGCUUCUUCUUUGAAGGAAGGGGUUUUGGUUUUGGUGUCUCAUAUGUCACAAAGGGGGGUUCAGUUUUGGAAUCUUGUGGUGGUUAAGUAGUGGUUCGUGUCAGAGUAGUAACUGGGUUUGUUUUUUUCUCUCUCUCUCUCUGGAGGGGUUGACCUAAAUCUGGUGUCUCAUUCGAAUUAUUUAUUUUAUAGUUAUUAUAUAUCCUUGGGGAAGGCAUUUUGCUCUGUGGCUGAGAUUUUGGAAGGCAGUUUCUCAUGUGGGGUGGAUAGUUCUUUUGGGGUUUGGUUGAGUUGAGCAUUUUUGCUGCAUUUAUUGCAAUCUUGAUUAAAAUGCUGCUGUAAUUUUUUCUUCUGCUUUGGGUUGCUGAAUUAAGUGUCUGCAGUUUUUGGACCCAAAGAUCUGAGUGAGAAAAGUUUGGUUUCGGAGUUUUUGAGGAAGUUUUUUUCUUGUCUGAAACUUUUAAGAUUUGCUGGAAAAAAAUAUUCUAAGUGCUGAGGUUUUGAAGAGAUGGCGGCUUGUAUGAAGUUGGGAUCCAAAUCUGAUGCAUUCCAGAGGCAAGGCCAAGCCUGGUUUUGCACAACCGGUCUCCCUAGUGAUGUUAUUGUCGAAGUUGGAGAAAUGUCGUUCCACCUUCACAAGUUUCCAUUGCUUUCAAGAAGUGGGGUUAUGGAAAGACUCAUCGCAGAUGCAUCCGAACAAGAAGAAGGCUGUCUCAUUCAACUCCCCCAAAUUCCCGGUGGAUCGAAAACGUUCGAACUUGUAGCUAAAUUCUGCUACGGUGUCAAACUCGAACUCACCUCUGCGAAUGUUGUUCACCUUCGAUGUGCUGCCGAACAUCUUGAAAUGACCGAAGACUAUGGAGAGGCCAAUCUAAUCUCCCAAACCGAAAUCUUUCUCAAUCAAGUUGUUCUUCGGAACUGGAAAGACUCUUUGAAAGCACUACAAACGUGCGAUGAUGUCAUCUCCGAAGCCGAAGAACUCCAAAUACCGAAAAGAUGCAUCGACUCUUUGGCAGCCAAGGCAUGUACGGACCCGAAUCUAUUCGGGUGGCCCGUUAUGGAGCAUGGUGGGCCCAUGCAGAGUCCAGGUGGCAGCGUGCUGUGGAAUGGGAUAAGCACGGGCGCACGGCCGAAGCAUUCGAGUUCCGAUUGGUGGUACGAGGAUGCUUCGAGUCUAAGUUUGCCUCUCUACAAGAGGCUAAUUUCGGCCAUGGAAUCUAGAGGGGUAAAACGGGAAAUUGUCGCGGGCUCGCUUAAUUGUUACGCGAAGAAAUACCUACCGGGAAUCAACCGACGACAGGGCGCUAGCAAGGCGAGCAACAACCGUGUUGUGGCCCCACUUUCCGAAGAGGAUCAGAAGAUUCUUCUAGAAGAAAUUGAUCAGUUACUUCCAUUGCAAAAGGGACUUUGUGCAACGAAGUUUCUAUUCGGCUUGCUCAGAACAGCCAAGAUUCUUAAAGCGAAUCCCACUUGUGUAUCGAAUUUGGAGAAGAGAAUAGGUGUGCAGCUCGAUCAGGCUACCUUAGAGGAUCUCUUAAUGACGAACUCUUCGGAUUCGAUGGAAACUCUGUACGAUGUGGACUGUGUGCAGCGUAUUCUAGAACAUUUCUUGACCAUGGAUGGUGGUGGUGGCGGCGGCGGGGGUGGUGAGUCACCGGAAUCAGUGGAAGAUGGCGGCAGCCAAUUGAUGGGUUCGCCUUCGCUGACACCGAUAACAAUGGUGGCUAAGUUGAUCGAUGGAUUCCUAGCAGAGGUUGCAUCAGAUGUUAUAUUGAAGCUCCCGAAAUUUCAGUCUUUAGCUGCUGCUGUGCCGGAGUAUGCACGCCCGUUGGACGAUGGUCUUUAUCGUGCGAUCGAUAUUUAUCUCAAGUCUCAUCCAUGGUUAGCCGAAUCGGACAGAGAACAGCUCUGCAGGCUAAUGGACUGCCAAAAGCUCUCUCUCGAAGCAUGCACGCACGCAGCCCAAAACGAGAGGCUGCCUUUAAGAGUGAUAGUCCAAGUCCUCUUCUUCGAGCAGCUCCAGCUCAGAACCUCCAUAGCUGGUUGCUUCUUAGUUUCAGACAACCUAGGUGGUUCGAGGCAGUUGAGGAGCGGUUUGGUGGGGCCCACAAACGAAGGCGGGUGGGCCACGGCUGUAAGGGAAAACCAGGUCUUGAAAGUGGGCAUGGAUAGUAUGAGGAUUAGGGUUUCUGAGCUCGAGAAAGAGUGCUCGAAUAUGAGAAACGAGAUCGAGAAAUUGGGUAAGGGGAAAGGAUCGAGCACCACCACCUGGGGAAACGUGUCGAAGAAGUUAGGGUUUCGGUUGAAGUCUCAGAUGUGCAGUGCUCAAGAGGGGUCUGUCAGUAAGCAGAACAACAAUGGUGGUAAUGUAAAGAUUGAGAAGGUUGUUAGGGAAAGACACCAUGGGAAGGAGAAGAGGAACUUGACAUCAGAUGAAUAGAAUGAAUUUGGUGUUUGAUUUGUUUUUUGUUAUUUUUUUAAUAAUUUAUUUAUUACAAGUUUGUGUAUGUUAGUUUCUUGAUUUGUGUCAUGGUCCAUCAAUUAAUGUAUUUGCCCUUUCUUUGUGAUGUUUAAUUAUUAUCAUGUAACUUAGGCUAGUGCAACUGUGUAUGUUUUAUUUUGUGUAUCUUGCAACUGUUUGUUGAUUUGUUGAAGAAAAUUAUAUUUUUCA